UCCCCUCAGUCCAGUAGGUGGCAGUAGAACACCUUUCACCUGUGAAACCACCUCAAAUCGAAGAAGACGACGAGCUGCAGGUUUUCCCGCCUGGACAGCUGUUCCAUGUAACUUUUCUGCUUGAAUGUUUACAAUACAGUCUUUACAGGGACAGUUCAAUCUGAUCCAGUUUAAAAGAAAGAAGAUCACUGAGGUGGAUUCAUGUGUUGAUCUUUAAAUCCUGAGAGACAGAAGAAUAUGAUGCUCACAAGACCUUCCAGUAGUCAUCAAACGACUGCUACUAUUCUUUGUAUUAUGACCAGUCAAGAACAAAUGCACACAGAACUUCACAUCUGCUCAUAUUGUGGGAAGAGUUUUACUCACCAGAGUAGUUUACAAAGGCACCAGCGCAUUCACACAGGAGAAAAACCUCAUCAGUGCUCUCAGUGUAGAAAGAGUUUCAAUCAGAGAGGUCAUCUCCAACAACACCAGCGCAUUCACACAGGAGAGAAACCAUUUAUCUGUGUGCAGUGUGGGGCAAAAUUUACUCACAAGUGUACUCUCAAAAGACAUGAACGCAUCCAUACAGGAGAGAAGCCGUAUCACUGCUCACAAUGCGGAAAGAGUUUUGCUGACUUGAGUAGCUUCCAAAGACACCAACAUAUUCACACAGGAGAAAAGCUCUAUCAGUGCUCACAGUGUGGAAAGAGUUUUAAUCUAGAGAGUACUCUCCAACAACACCAGCGUGUUCAUACUGGAGAAAAGCCGUAUCACUGCUUACAGUGUGGGAAGAGUUUUAAUCAAAGAGGUAAUCUCCAACAACACCAACGAAUUCAUACAGGAGAGAAACCAUUUAUCUGUGUACAGUGUGGGGCAAAAUUUGCUCACAAAUGUAAUCUCAAAACACACCAACGCAUCCAUACAGGAGAGAAGUCGUAUCACUGCUCACAAUGUGGAAAGGAUUUUGCUGGCUUGAGUAGUUUCCAAAAACACCAACGGAUUCACACUGGAAAGAAGCCGUAUCACUGCUCACAAUGUGAAAAGAGUUUUAAUCGACAGGAUGCACUCCAGUAUCACCAGCGUAUUCAUACAGGAGAGAAACCAUUCAUCUGUGUACAGUGUGGGGCAAAAUUUACUCAGAAGUGUAAUCUCAAAACACACCAGCGCAUCCAUACAGGAGAGAAGCCGUACCACUGCUCACAAUGUGGAAAGAGUUUUGCUGACUUGAGUAACUUCCAAAGACACCAACAAAUUCACACAGGAGAGAAAUCGUAUCACUGCUCACAGUGUGGAAAGAGUUUUAAUCUAGAGAGUGCUCUCCAGCACCACCAGCACAUUCACACAGGAGAAAAACCCUAUCAGUGCUCACAGUGUGGAAAGAGUUUUAAUCACAGAGGUAAUCUCCUACAACAUCAGCGUAUUCAUACAGGAGAGAAACCAUUCAUCUGUGUACAGUGUGGGGCAAAAUUUACUCACAAGUGUAAUCUCAAAACACACCAACGCAUCCAUACAGGAGAGAAGCCGUACCACUGCUCACACUGUGGAAGGAGUUUUUCUAGUUUUACUCACCAGAGUAAUUUACAAACGCACCAGCGCAUUCACACAGGAGAAAAACCUCAUCAGUGCACACAGUGUGGAAAGAGUUUUGCUCAACUUAGUAAUUUCCAACAACACCAGCGUAUUCAUACAGGAGAGAAACCAUUUAUCUGUGUACAGUGUGGGGCAAAAUUUACUCACAAGUGUAAUCUCAAAAGACACGAACGUAUCCAUACAGGAGAGAAGCCAUAUCACUGCUCACACUGUGGGAAGAGUUUUUCUAAUUUGAGUAAUUUCCAAAAACACCAACGAAUGCACACAGGAGAGAAGUCGUAUCCCUGCUCACAGUGUGGAAAGAGUUUUAAUCUAGAGAGUAAUCUCCAACAACACCAGCGCAUUCACACUGGAGAAAAACCAUAUCAGUGCUCACAGUGUGGGAAGAGUUUUAAUCACAACAGGUCUCUCCAGCGUCACCAGAGUAUUCACAGAGGAGAGAAGCCGUAUCACUGCUCACAGUGUGGGAAGAGUUUUAACCGAGAGUGUAAUUUCCAAACACAUCAGCGCAUUCACACCGGAGAGAAACCUUAUCAGUGCUCACAGUGUGGAAAGAGUUUUAAUCAACAAAGUGGUCUCAAAGCACACCAGCGCAUUCACACAGGAGAAAAGCCGUAUCACUGCUCACAGUGUGGGAAGAGUUUUAAUCGACGGAGUACACUCCAGUAUCACCAGCGAAUUCAUACAGGAGAAAAACCAUUUAUUUGUGUACAGUGUGGGGCAAAAUUUACUCAUAAGGGUAAUCUCAAAACACACCAGCGAAUCCAUACAGGAGAGAAGCCGUACCACUGCUCACACUGUGGAAAGAGUUUUGCUGGCUUGAGUAGUUUCCAAAGGCACCAACAAAUUCACGCAGGAAAGAAGUCGUAUCACUGCUCACAGUGUGGAAAGAGUUUUAAUCUAGAGCGUGCUCUCCAACAACAUCAGCGCAUUCACACUGGAGAAAAGCCUCAUCAGUGUUCACAGUGUGGGAAGAGUUUUAAUCAAAGGGGUAAUCUCCAACAACAUCAAAGAAUUCAUACAGGCGAGAAACCAUUUCUCUGCGUACAGUGUGGGGCAAAAUUUACUUACAAGUGUAAUCUCAAAACACACCAACGCAUCCAUACCGAAGAGAAGCCGUAUCACUGCUCACAGUGUGGAAAGAGUUUUGCUGUCUUGAGUAGCAUCCAACAACACCAACGGAUUCACACUGGAGAGAAGCCAUAUCACUGCUCACAAUGUGGAAAGAGUUUUAAUCAACAGAGUACACUCCAGUAUCACCAGCAUAUUCAUACAGGAGAAAAGUCAUAUCACUGCUCACAGUGUAGGAAAAGUUUUACUCACCCGAGUAAUCUCCAAAAACACCAGGCCAUUCACAUGAGAGAGAAGCUGUGUUAGUGUUGAUAGUGUGGGAAGAUUUUUGUACAACUGUUUGAUUAUAUUUUGAACAGAGAUUUACUUGUUUAACAGUCCAUACAGGAUUCCGCUUUUUUGUUUUGCGAUCGUUGCGCCCAAAAAUUCUUCAUGCUUGAAUUCAACUUUAAAUGUUUGCCGAAUUUUUUUGUGCUUCUUUUUUGCGGAAAACUACUUGAAUUGGAAAAUAUGCAGUUGCAUGAAAUGGUCUUUCGCAGUGAUAUUUGUUGGCGAAUGAGACCUUUUGGCUGUACUUCGGUGUGAUGCACGUGAAUCGAAGAGGGCUUUGAGUGAGUGUGUCAUGAUGGCGUCACAUGAUGCGUCUUGGCGAAAAUCUGCGUUAAUUCUGAAAAAUUGCAAACUCUUCCCAAUAUUACAGUGUUUCCUUGAUUUUGUGUAAAAUCAUGAAAUCUUGGAGGGAACAACACCGAGCCAGUUUUUGACAUUUGACAAAAUAUGACAUUACAUGAAAUAUUAUUUCCUGUAGUUUACAGUAGUUCUAUAAAUUAGGCUUGUGCAAUAUUGAUUUUAUACUAAUUCCUUUCCAUUAUAAACUGUCUACAACAGUCUUGUCUUUUUUCAUACUAUUCUAACCUCCACAACAGGAUUUGUAGACUGAAGGUACUCUUAGUCCCUGACCUAAUGAACCAGCUUGAGCACUAAUAUAAUAAUAAUUUAAUAUAAUAUAAUUGGCAAUAAACAUCACUAGAUAUCAUAUAGGCACAUAUUGCACAAACCUAGUAUAAACUAUAGCUACUCGCCUUGAUUUCCUGCUGUUAAGUAAAAGACUCCAGAAAUUUGAUUGGAAUUAGUUAUAGUAACAGCUACAUUCUUGUUCUUAGGGUGAAGAAUUGCAGUCUGCUCUGUCUGUCUGAUCUGUUUUGUAUGUAAAUUCAUUUGAUAUGUCCAAUUCAUUUGUAAAAAUUUAAAUAUAACCCAAAUGCUUACAAAUAAACACGUUUAAAAGGG